AAUGAAGGAAGGGACGGACGGCGCCGAGCAUCCAAAUCGCUUGAUCUCUCGCCCCCGCGGCCCCACCGACUGACUGCCCUCCUCCCUUCGUCCAUUAAUUAAUGGCCGCCACCAAGAACCCUCCAACCCCCACCUGACCUUCUCUUCCUCCCUCCCCCGACCGCCUGUCUGUCCUCCGCGCAUCCGUUCUCUAUCGAAAGGGAGGAGGAGGAGCGCGCGGGAGUGGGCUGGGGGCCCACCGAUGCUGAGCUCGGCGUCCUCGGCCGGGGCGGCCAUGGGGAUGGGCGGCGGGUACCAACACCAGCCGCUGCCACUGCCGCAGCGCGGGGCGGCGGCCGCGGUCUUCACCGCCGCGCAGUGGGCGGAGCUGGAGCAGCAGGCGCUCAUCUACAAGUACCUCAUGGCCGGCGUCCCCGUCCCGCCCGAUCUCCUCCGCCCCGCCCCCCACGCCGCCGCCUUCUCCUUCGCCAGCCCCGCCGCGUCGCCCUUCUACCAUCACCACCACCACCACCCGUCCCUGAGUUACUACGCCUACUACGGGAAGAAGCUGGACCCGGAGCCGUGGCGGUGCCGCCGCACCGACGGCAAGAAGUGGCGGUGCUCCAAGGAGGCGCACCCCGACUCCAAGUACUGCGAGCGCCACAUGCACCGUGGCCGCAACCGUUCAAGAAAGCCUGUGGAAUCCAAGACCGCCUCCUCGCCGCCCCAGCUGUCCACCGUCGUCACCACCACCACCACCCGGGAGGCCGCCGCCGCGACGCCCCUUGAGUCCCUCGCGGGGGCGGGGGGUAAGGCUCACGGCCUGUCCCUCGGCGGCGGGGCUGGCUCGUCGCACCUCAGCGUCGACGCUUCGAACGCUCACUUUCGCUAUGGCAGCAAGUACCCUCUUGGAGCUAAAUCCGAUGCUGGCGAGCUGAGCUUCUUCUCAGGAGCACCAGGGAACUCCAGGGGCUUCACCAUUGAUUCUCCAGCAGAUAACUCUUGGCACUCCCUGCCAUCCAACGUGCCCCCGUUUACACUGUCCAAGGGCAGAGACUCUGGCCUCCUGCCCGGUGCCUACUCCUACUCCCACAUUGAACCACCGCAGGUGCUCGGCCAGGUCACCAUCGCCUCGCUGUCACAGGACCAGGAGCGCCACCAGUCGUCGUUCAGCAGCGGCGGGGCCGGCGCUGGUGGAUUGCUGGGGAGCGUGAAGCAGGAGAACCAGCCGCUGAGGCCCUUCUUCGACGAGUGGCCUGGGACGCGGGACUCGUGGUCGGAGAUGGACGACGCGAGGUCCAGUAGGACCUCCUUCUCGACGACCCAGCUCUCCAUCUCCAUUCCGAUGCCCAGAUGUGAUUGAGAACGAAGCUCGUGCGCGGCCAGUAGGUGGCGUUGUCGCAUGACGCGCACCCAGCAUCGCGCUCGCUGCUAGCGAGCCACCGUCACCCGGUGAUUGAUGCCCUCAUCCUAGCUAUUUGUUUCGCUGAAUCGCAUUAAGAACAGAACUCUAUGUAAGAGCAGGAUCCUUCCUCAUGUAUCAAUGGGGGCAAUGAACUCCAUUCUGUUUCUAUGGUUGUAGUACCGACCAUGCUUUGUAUUUGUUGUACCCAGACCGAGAAUGAAAACCGCCCAGUCGUCAGGCGUUGUCGUCGCUGCAUCAGAUGAUCCAAGUGUAUUGUGUGCUUUCCAGGCUGUGUAAGAUCUGAUGGCGAAUCUGUUACUGCAGUGUAGGUGUGUAGCAUCUGUGGUAUGGUACCUUUUGUUGUGCUACUGGAUCUGGAUUGAUGCAAAAUCUGGUGCUGCCGUAGGCCCCUCUUCCUUUUC